AUGGCAGACCACGAUCGUCGGCAUCAUGGUUAUCGAGGUGGUGGUGGACGCAAGCGCAGAUACAGAGAUGACGAUGACUUUGAUCGCCGAGCCCCGAGACGUCGAUAUGAAGAACCCCUCGGUUCGAGGGUGAGGAGACAAUUGUUGUUGAUUGCCGAAUCGCCCGCCCGUAGAGUGGAAGAUGAUGUUGUUUAUAUUGCUCGAAUGGUCGCCGAUAAUACCGAGGAUGAAGAUGUUCGCGACGCCUUUUUCGAAACUGUUAUUCAGCUAACCCUCGAACAACCCUUCAAAAUCCCGUUCAUCGCUGCUAUUGUUCUAGUCAUCAACACCCUUAAACCCGACUUUGCCGCCGAGGGUUUAAAGAAAGCAAGCUCGGCGACGCAGGAUGCUCUCAAUGCCGGCGUAUGGCGCGAUGUUAAGCUGCUGGUGCGUCUGUUGGGUUGCUUGCAAGGGAUAUUUGAAGGUGAUGGCGUGUUUGUGAUUUUGGAGGAUUUGUUUUCGAGAGCAGUUGAUUUGCAGACGACGUCUUCGGAAGAUUCAUUGGGUCUCGAACUUGUCAAAAUUAUCCUUCUCACUAUCCCAUACAUCAUGUCAUCUUCUGCGACAGGCUUCGAAAGUCAGGCAACGGCCCUUCUCGAAAAGACGGAAAUCAUUGCAUCCACUCCACACUCGCUGGAAGCCCUUGUGACUCCAUUCACAUUCGACAGUGAAAUUUCGGAGCCCCUGCAGAGUUUCAUUGGACUCUUGCAAACGCAGCUACAGAAUGAAUCAGCGAACCGAAACUGGGAACUCAAAUGCCUCCCUCGUCCUUGGAAAUCUCUCGAACUACCAAAAAAGAAGCAAGAAAAGGAAGGCGAAGGGGAAGACGAAGGGGAAGACAAAAUGGAAGAAACGCUGUCACUUGAAAAUGCCGCCAAGCAUGCUUUGCCCACAGUUGUUGUACCGGAUCCUGUGAAGAAUGGACCAAAGGCUAUAUACCCAGAAGUCUACUAUUCGGUGUACUUGGAGCAAGAUAUGGAGACCGUGCCUGGAUCGGGAGAAAUUACCUCAACCUUACUACGAGAUGCAUUGGUUGACACGAUCAACAUUAUGGAUUUCAACCGUAUGGCAGUUGCCAAGUUCCUUAUCGAUGUGGAUUGUUACUUCUCACCAGGAAUAUUUGUGAAACGAGCGACGCCCUUUGACAAACUCCGUGAAUUCCCUACAGACAAACCAACGUGGAAGCCGGAAGAUGUUGCCGUGGACGCUGUUUUCUCGCAGCUCUUUCAAUUACCGGCACCUGAACAUAAACUCGUUUAUUAUCAUUCUGUGCUGACGGAGUGCUGCAAGAUUGCACCAGCUGCUAUUGCGCCUAGUCUUGGUCGUGCCAUUCGAUUCUUGUAUCGGAAUUUGGAACGAUUUGAUGUUGAUCUGGUCUCGCGGUUCUUGGAUUGGUUCUCGCAUCAUUUGAGUAAUUUCGGGUUUACCUGGAAAUGGACUGAGUGGAUUGAUGACUUGCAGCUUCCUGAGAUCCAUCCCAAGAUGGCAUUCAUCACUGGCGCAUUGGACAAGGAGAUCCGCUUGAGUUUUGCCCAACGUAUCAAGGGGACACUUCCUGAACCAUACCAGCCUCUCAUUACAGAAGGCAAGGAGCAAGACACACCAGACUUCAAAUACACUUUAGAGACGACACCAUAUAGCAAACAAGGAUUGGAAUUGAUGCAACUCAUCCGCAAGAAAGCUUCCGACGAAGAAAUCGAGCCAGUCAUUGCAGAGAUCGAGACUCAAGCUAAAGAACACGGGAUUGAGGACCCAAUAGUCCCAUCCACUGACGCAUUUGUCACAUCUAUAUGCUACGUUGGAUCCAAGUCACUAUCUCAUGUUCUGUCAUGUAUUGAGAGGAACAAAGAACGACUCUUGGCCAUUGGCCCUCGCUCUGCACCCGGUCGACGACAAAUCAUCACCUCCGUCAUGGAGUACUGGGUUGACCAACCUGGCAUUGCAAUCAACAUCAUCGACAAGCUACUAAACUACACAAUCCUCACUCCACUUUCGGUGAUUGAGUGGGCGUUGCUCGACCACAUUGACGCGGGAAGAAUUCUUGCCAAAGCUCACAUCUACGAAAUGCUCUCCUCCACAGUCGGCAAAGUGACGAAUCGUAUCCGCCAAAUCGUGGCUGCCAGAACACAGCGCGGUCUCUACGAGCCACAACUAAGCGUUCUCGACGAGACGCUCAACCGCGAAAAGGCUGAUAUGCAAACAUUAUUCACUCUGAUUGAAGACUCGAUCGCACCUGUGGCUGCAGGUAGCAACGAUGAACUCAUGGAGCGAAGCGAAGAUGACCCAAGCACCCGCGACGAGAACGAAAUCAUUCGACGCUGGGCUGUGCGCUGGAGACGCGUGUUUCAGCGGAAAGCGGCUGUCGAAGCUGCCUUUAUAGCUGAUGCGAUGCUCAACGCAACACCUUUGGGGACCAUGUCUCCUCCUACACCACCUCCUGCUGAUGAUGCAGUGCAGGCGGAGGAGAGGGUGAUUGAAGAGUUGGCUGCGAAUGGGGAUAUGGAUCUUGCGGAUAUUUCGUAA